CUCACAGUACAAACAACAAAAAACCACACUCCUCGAUUUUGCAGAGAGACAGAGAAAUACCGGCGUUGGAAAGCUAAUCCACCUUCGACAGAUGGCAACUGGAGGAGGAGGACAGAUCCAUGAUGGAACGGGAAAUAAAAGACAGAAAUGCUCCAGAGACGACUAUGACGAGGACGAGGAGGAGGAGGAAGAGGAAGAAGAAGAAGAAGAGGGAGAAGAAGCAGAGAGCGGGCUUCCGUUGAAGCCAGGGCUAUUCUAUUAUCCGACCACGCCUACUUCUUUUGUUGUAUCUGAUGCUUUGGAGCAUGAUUUCCCGAUCAUUUACGUCAAUACCGUCUUCGAGAUCUUCACCGGUUACCGCGCUGACGAGGUCCUUGGUCGGAACUGUCGGUUCUUACAGUACCGAGAUCCUCGUGCUCAAAGACGGCAUCCUUUAGUGGACCCAGUUGUUGUUUCGGAGAUGAGAAGAUGUCUUGAAGAAGGUAUUGAAUUCCAAGGUGAGCUUCUGAAUUUCAGGAAGGAUGGGACUCCCUUGGUGAACAGGCUUCGACUUGCGCCUAUAUAUGAUGAUGAUGGGACUGUUACCCACGUAAUAGGUAUUCAAGUGUUUUCAGAAGCAAAAGUAGAUUUAAACCAGGUUUCUUAUCCUGUUUUCAAAGAGACUUGCAGUCAGCAAUAUGAUCACUCGUCCAAAUAUCCUUCUCUGAGUGGACAGUCACCAUUUAAUGAGUAUCAAGAGACUUGUAGUAUACUUCAACUUUCUGAUGAAGUCUUGGCUCACAACAUAUUGUCGCGCUUGACUCCCAAGGGAUGUUGCAUCCAUUGGAUCUGUCUGCAGAAAGAUCCGUCAAUUGACAAAGAAUGAGCAUGUCCCGGAAGAUGGUCUGCCAAAAUGCAUGGGGAAGAGAAGUCACUGGAACACUGGAAAUAAUGACGAAAAA